UUCAAGUCAAAUAAACAAAUGAUUUGUUGUACAUUUCGAAAAUAAAUAUACAAUCUAGAAGCACUUGCAUAAAAACAGCAAUGGAGGGUAAUACCGAGGAAGAGGUUAGCAAUCAAGAUCCUUUACCACUUGAACGAUCAGGAGUCGUCAGGGAAAUCGGCAAUCAAGCUGUAUGGAGUUUGUCAUCCUGCAAACCAGGGUUUGGCGUUGAACGUCUGCGAGAUAAUAUAAUUGACACCUAUUGGCAGUCAGAUGGUCAACUUCCACAUCUUGUCAAUGUACAGUUUCAUAGGAAAACUCGUAUUAGUGCUGUUUAUUUGUAUGCUGACUACAAAUUAGAUGAAAGCUACACGCCAUCACGUAUUUCGCUGCGGACUGGCUCCAAUUUCAAUGACUUACAAGAGUUGCAAAAUCAAGAACUUUUCGAACCAACAGGAUGGACUGCUAUACAUGUGGAAAAUGGCAAAUCUCGUCCUGUACGUAUAUAUAUGUUACAAAUUGCGAUAGUGGCAAAUCAUCAGAAUGGCAGAGACACUCACUUGCGACAAAUACGCAUACACGCACCAGUCGAAAAUUCGAAAGAGAAAUUUACUUCGAUCACUUUCAAGAAAUACGAUAAUAUAAGAUAAGGAAUUUUGGCUAAUAAGUAAGAAUAUAAUUGUUUAAAUUACUAUAUAAACUUACCCCUUAGUUGUAAUAAUAAAUAUUUUGUCAAUAAAAACAUGGUUGUUGUAUAAAUUGCAAA